AUGAGGAGAUGGAUCAAGAAGGGCAAAGAUCAGGGCUUCACGACGGUGCCCUUCUCGGCCGCCCUGCGUCACGUGGUGCCGAAUCCUGAUGUGGAUGUGGCGCUGGUGAGUCGCAGAGAACAGACGGACAGAAUGAGCAAGGCUUGGCAAGCGAAGCUCGAGGAGCUCCCCCUCUUCGACAUCGCCGGCCUGGCAGCGACCCCCGAGGAUCUGGACCCCUUGGAGCCAGCUUGGGAAGCACCCUUGGAUGAGUUGCCAACGGACGAGGAGCUCAAGCAAGAUCUCCAGGAUAAGAGAGUACUACAGGACAUGCAGAGGCGCUUCCUUCGCAGCGAGGAGGACCUUGCACGCCUGGCAGAGGAUGGCAGCGGUGCCCGAGUCCUCCGUGAGAUCCUGGCAGAGCUCCCGGCGUCCAUGGUGACCGAGGAGAACAGGGAGCUGAUCCGUGAAACGGUGAAGCAGGUGCUUGCCGUCAUGUGGGUGGUGCACACCACGACGAACUCCACGCAGCUGAGGUGGCGCCUGGCCUGCACCGACGACAAGUUGGAGGCCCCUACUCCGGACACGUCGCUGCGGGCUAUCUUGCUCCUGGCCGGAGAAAUGCUGGAGUUCAUUCCGCAGCAGCUAGUCGACCGUGAGAAGGUCUCCGCCGAGCAGCUGCUUUCCGCCGAGCAGAUCCGGCGGAUGGACUCACAGGCCUGGGCUGCCAGCUUGGCCAAGUCUGGUGUCAAUGCAUCCCAGGCUUGCAAGCAAGUCCCUCCGGGCUGGCUGAGCGUGCUGAAAGGGGAGAGCUGGCCGGGAAUGAAGGAUCGAGGUGCGGUGUACCGGUUGCCGCAAUCGGGCAAACGACUCUACAUCGAGGUGGAGCUCGUCGGAGGGCCAAGAAAGGCGGACCUGGGAAGCAAGAGCUCCGGCGCGACCGCCGACGAGUCCGAGCAGGAGUACCGCCCUUCCUUCUUGGAAAGCUUUGGGCCCGCUGCUGGACUAGCAGCCCUCGUGUUCGGCCUGGCACAGCAGACCUUCUUCUUCAAGGCAGGCCGAUCCCGACGAAUGGAGCUGGACAAGACUCUGCGUGCGCUGCAGCGGCGGCCGGAGGAGUCGGCUGAAGUGGAGGCCGCGCGCCUCCAGGGCCUGGAGCAGACCUUGUUUACCGACAUGGAGGUCGAUGAGUACCCGGUCGUGCUCGUGGUUGGUGCUGAGACCGAGACCGGGCAGGUUGUGCUGAGGAAGCUUGUGACCAGCGGGUACCCUUGCGUCGUCCUGAAGAGUGGCGACAACGAGGAAUCCCUGGGAAGCGAACUGUCAGAAGGCACGAGCUACCUGACGGUAACGGCUCAGACGCGUGGCUUCCUUGGGACUCGCAGCAACCCCGGUCCGAGGGAGUCUCUCGGGAAAGUCCCGGACAGCCUUUACGACGCAGUUGCGGGGGUGGACAAGCUUGUCAUCUGCGACUGCGACGAGCCCAAUGAGGAAUUUGGCGAGGUGGUGAGCAAUGUGCUUCGGUCAUGGCAACUCUACCGCAAGGACUUCGCGGAGGAGCAGCGGGCUUUCAACAGCAAG